AUGCACAAGAUCGUCUACAACCAUGACCAUGCCAUGGCACAGGGCGUGGACAUCCGGCUGGCGCAGCAAGUGAGCCACCAGUACUUCGAGAAUGACAAAGAGGCGCGCGUCAUGUCGAAUGGACAGCGUGUUGUAGCACAUGUCGUGUUGGCUGCAGACGGUGUGCGGUCCAAGGCAAGAGACCUCGUGCUUGGCUACCAUGACAAGCCUAAGCCAAGCGGCUAUGCCGUCUACAGCGCCUGGAUGAGCAGUGAAGACAUCGCUAAGAACGACCUGACGAAAGACCUCGUCAUUCACGGCGACUCUCACGUCUGCUGGAUAGGACCCGACAUCCACUUCAUCGCUGCUGCUGCCGUCAAACGUGGCAAGGAGAUCCUGACAUACGGGGCCACGACGCCGAAGCACAUGCUUACAAGACAUAUCCAGGCUCAAGCGCUUCAAGAACACCACCAGCAGCUGCUCACUAACUUGGAACCUCACCACAACAUGGCCCACUCCGGCAUCUUGUUCGACAAGAAAAAGAAUGCAUCUUUCGGCCGCCUUCACGUGGGCUAUCGUGCUUCUCACUGGACAAAGGUAUGGUACCAGCCAGCACCAGAGGCCGAGGUCGAUGACGACGGCACAGUCGAGAUCGGUCUUUUCAAGCUCUCUACCGGAGGUGCUACUAGGCGCGAGCCGAUGAUGGGUGAAGUCGUAUGGCUUCCACAUUUCGAGCUAAAGGUCUUUAAGUCGACUAAGAACGCCGAGAAGGAACGUCUGCAGAUGCAAUACCUCUACGAUGCCUGGCGAUACCUUAACGAGCCCGACCCUCACCAAGUCCUGCAGCUGGAGCAAGAGCUAGACGAUCCAUUUAACCGCCAGUGGCAGUCUUGGUUUGAAGAUGCAAAGAAGUGGAAAUCGAGCAAGCUUCGUCGUCGUAGCAAGAGACGCACUGCGCGCACAGUGGCAGUUCGGAGCGCCGGCAUCGAUCUUGAUAAUGUCGAGGUCAACUCCGAUACAUCGGAGGAUUCUGCCUACGAGAGUGAGGAAGACCUGUUCGUCCGCGACAAGGAGCCUAUAGGUCCACCAGGAUCUACAGGAAAGCGUAAAGCAGGCGGUAACGGAGGAGGUCCACCAAACAAGAAGAGUCCGAACAAGUCAAAGUCUUCUCCUGGCGACAAGGCCAAGCCACGUGGCAGAGCCUCAGACCAGGACGUUCCUAUAAGCGGCGGACUCGGUGACAUGCGCGACCGCGGUGGUUUGGGCGGGGAGAAGCAUCUCGGAGGCUCUCUCUUCGGCCGCUUAUCCUUUGGCAGCAGAACCAACCUUCCAGGACUCGACAACGACGAAGACAACGACAACGCAUCGCGCGGCUCCAGAGGCUCGCUCACCUACGACAACCGCUCUCCUGAGCCACUUCCUGCCAGACGCAACGGCAGUGCCAGCAAUACGUCAACCGUAGGACAGCGUGAGGCCGGCCAAGCGGUCUUAAGAGACAGAUUCAAGCACCCAGCUGCAGCUGAGGCGGCGCGCGCUCGUCUACACAAUGGAGAUCUAGGCGAGUCAGAGGCGUUUAAUUGGGCUAUCAGAGAGUCUUCUCAGCUGCCAGAGAACGGGUCCAACGGCAGUCAGAGCAAUGGUCAGAAUGGUGCGAACGGCACUGGUGAGCAUGAGGGAUAG